AGCUGUGCGUGAUAUAACUUUAACUCCAACAAACACAUUGUUUUAAUUUUAAUAAAUAUUUGCUAAAUUGACUGAAAAUGUCAGCUAACAAAUACACGGAGCUUAUUAAGCUCGGCACACAAUAUUCACGGCGCAUGAAUUAUCUGUCCAACCGUAUUUUUGGUGAAGUGGCGCGGACAACGAACGAAAAGUCUAUGAAGGUGGUUCGAAUGUUCUCAGAGGAGCCGAUACAGAAGCGUGACUAUGUUGUCAACUGGUACCCCCGGCAUGUUGAAACGCACCUGCUGAUGAAAAAUCUGCGUGAUUAUGGGCUGUUUCGCGAUGAACAUCAAGAUUUCAAGGAGGAAAUGAAACGUCUGCGAAAGCUGCGUGGCAAGGCGCCACCUAAAAAGGGAGAGGGCAAGCGUGCAUCAAAGAAAUAGAUUUUGAUUUAAAACACAA